CUGAUAUAUUUAAUACAGAYAAAGGGUUUUCRAAAUGUCGGGUCUGUACGAUUCUCUUCUUCUUGUCGUAUACCUWUAUGCCGGUUCUUCUYKAGAUAAAUAUUCCUUCCCUAAGCUUCUUAGGGCCUGACUUUCACCGAAAAUAACGACUUCUUGUUGGUACGGUAAUGUAUGAAGAAUAUAGGUUCGUACGGCGGGUCUGGAAACUUCCAAUGCGGUUCCCUUUUGACGCACGGGCUGUUSCACACAGAUGGAGAACRCUCGUUGGUACUUUUAUCAUCACGCRUUAUUUUGAUAGUAACAAKUGAUAACAACUGAUAUUUAUUCCAAUACCUUGCAAAAUAGCACAACUUGGAGAUUGCAUAGCCAAACAAUCGACAACAGUGUUACAAACAGCCAUAUCGAUUCUGCAUUUCAAUUCACAAUCAUAGCAAGAGACAGGWAUUACCAUGGACCACAGUGCUUGGCAGAAGCUKGGCAGUUGGAUGGGAAAGAUCGACGAGGCCAUUACGGCUUACGAUCAAGCCGACAGUGAAUACGGUACUAUUUGCAAUCGCUCGCAAUCAUCGAUGCUGACGACAACAACGACGGCCAACAACGAAAACGAUGCCAACAUCGCGCUCCGGUGGGAAGUACUGGAGGCAAGGAGGAAGGUCGUCGAGGCGACCUGUGAGGGAUACGUGUCGUUGAUUCAUCAGUCAUUCGAGGAUUGCAAAUCCAAUGUAAGAAUAGCGACUGAUAAAUCUCGYUUCGAGGAGCAGCGAAGAAUUAUGUUUCAAGACGCAGAGGUUCGAUUCGCAGAUGCGAUARCAAAUCAUAAAAUCCGAUCAGAUCGGCAAAAAGCCAACGAUGGCAAUCGGGAAAUGAAGGACGCGUUAGAUUCUUCGGCGAAGGUAGUAGAUGCUGUCGAAAAUAUGAAAAUGACGGUCAGCGUAGACUGGUGGAUGUUCCUUCAAGAAAUGGAUCAACUGAUAAGGAAUAGAACGAAGAUCAAUGUGGAGACCGAUCAGGAUGGGGACAGCACAGACAGUUUUAGUGACCCUCCUUCGAACGAYGACGACAAGGCAAGCGCGAAGUAUAUGGACCAUUUUAACGCCUACCUCGAUAAUAUGGAUUUUGAGGAUGACUGCGCUGAUAUGAUUGAACACGAGGAACCAGUGCCCUUGUACAAUGAUUAUGGCUCAGAAAGCAUGAUAGUAGAAGAAUGGAGUGCCCGCGUUGACAUCGCCGGCGUUGAUUCCAUGUACAAUUGGUAUCGCAUGCACAAUCCUACGUUAUCCCCAGAUUUUGGAAAGUCAUGUUAAUCCCUUGCACGGUGACAUGAGCUAAUAAAUUUUGUGUGUGGCUACUUGAGAAAAGCCAUUCURCCAAUAUGUAACUAUUUUUUAAACAAUACCAUGCUAACUUCACAGAAACAAACUUCGUCACCCUACGUACCUCCCUUCCCUUCAAAAUUAGACCCAUUCGUAUCUCAUUCACAAAAASCCAUCAUCGAUUCAGACAACUGCAAUAAAAUUUAUGGCUCAGA